AUGGACUUGUUGGUGAAGCGGAUGGAGGAUAAGAGGAGCAUGAUGGGAAAGUAUAUGCAAUCGGGCAACGCUGGGACCACCGGUGACGGAAAUUGUGGGCUGCGGAAACCGGCGCGGUCGAAAGCGGAGGUUCCGAGGAUCAUGGUAACCAAACCCAAGGAGUCGAAGCCGCUGGACUUCCACUUCGACAGUUGCAUUGGGAAUGAGCGUUUCAAGAAGUCCCAGUUGCAAAGAAAGGAAAAGGAGGAGAAGGACAUUAUUGUGGGGAGCACCCCCAAGCCGCAUGUCAGGAACAUCUUCACUGCGUUGCUAGACCAAGAGAGGAAGCUGGAAAGAGAGACUCAGCAUCGAAGAAAGGAGCACCACAGACACCGUUCUAUAACUGGGCACGGUCAGAACGGCCACACACAUGCGCACAUGGUGGGGAGGCCUCGCUCUAAAAGUGAGCCGAAGGAUUAUACGUCAGCGGCCACGGGGACGUUCAGCAAUGCGAUGUUCACCCCGAAGAAAGAAACAAACACGUCAGACAGCUGUAGUUGUUCGUCAUCAAAUGAGAGCGAUGGUGCUGGUGCUGGUGCUGAGGAACCAGUUGAUGGCCAUGACCCCACAAAGGAACAGGUGGAGAAGGAUAAACGGUCGCAGACAAAUACCGUUGGAGGUGGGUCCGCGAAUGCGAAGACGAACGACAUACCAAAUUUUAUUGGCAUAACGAAGAUGAUGGAGCCGCGGAAGAGGCACAGAAAGCAUCAUCAUGGGGGUGACGAAACAGAAGAGAACCUUUUCGCAAGGGACAAUAAGAGACUCGUGAACCAGUUUCUCAAGUCUAUGGCACCGCCAUCAUCAUCACAGUUACAAAAACAGGGGCUGUCCUAUUUGGGCGACGUUCCCUCGCUGUCUUUACAGGCCGCUGCACUAGAUGAUGAUUCUAAUUCGAGCUCACAGAGGUCGCUACAAAGUUUGCUAUACCACGAUUUGGAGGAAUCUCCAGACCACACCAACUCAAGUUCUUUCCUUGCCUCGCGCUACUCUUCUUCUUUUUACUCAAAUGACAUAUCUUCAGAGGAAUCGUCUGCGUCUGAAUCGGCUUCUGAUGAAUCGUCAACGUCAUCGAGAUCCUCUUUCUCGGAAGGAUUCACUACCCAUGGCGCGACUUUCUCCUCCAAAACAUCGGCAUCUAGUGGCGGACACAUCUUGCACAACAAGCAUCUAGGUAAGACGAAUACCAAUGCGCUCCAGAUCUCUGAUCCUGAAUACUUGCAAAAACAUGUCACUCUACUACUGACAAGGUUUGACUUGUUGAUGAAGGAUAUCCUAAAGGGAACCCUGCUGAAACGUGAAACACUUCAGAGAAUUUGCUCACGUUUGAUACCUUGUACUAAGGACUUAAAGGUGUUGAGAAAACAAGUUCUCACACUGCACGACGAGAUCGCUUCGGAUAAACUGCUGAAAUUGAGAGGCGAUUUUGACGAGUUGGAUCCACAGUCCUUUAUUGCGCAUCUGCGAUGCACGGUGUCCCAUAACGCAACACAGUUGAAGAACCUGGAGGAAAGAAUGGAAUGCUGUCAACAACUUUUGGUCAAGCAGAAGGACGAAAUGAAGAAGAUCGAGUCGAUGAUGUACUUGGAGAAGACUCUAUUGGAAACCGAGCAAUCGGAAGGCGUUUUUCACAGAUACAGGUACCUGCUCUUUGAUAUCACCACACUAGCAGUAGUCGUUGCAUUGCUGUUUCUGGGUAGGAAGCUGGUGUUGUCGUGGAACUGA